AUGCUCAGUCGUGCGCUCACGCGGUCAGGCGCCCCCUUGCCUCGCAGGUUUCUCUUCCAGAGUGGGCCGCGAUCCCUUGUCCGCGGUCGUCUGCCUGGGCUGACAUUCAGCCCUCACAACUCUCAACUCCGCCAUGCAUCUGCCUCCAGGCCCUUUCCGAAGACAAAACCACGAGAUGCUGGCCCGCAAAGCUCAAAAAGUGAUGCCUCGCGGGUGCGGACGCCGGCAACAUUCUUUUCUGAUGCGAAGGAGUGGGCCGAAGCCUUUUGGUCCGCGGUAUGCUUCUUGGUGGUUAUGGCGCUGGUGGAAUAUUAUUUUGGUACCAUCAUCUACGAAUUUGCCACAGAUCAUCUAACUCGACUAGAAGUCAAACUUUCUCGUGUAAAAUUCGCCGAUGAAAAGACGAUGAAACGGGCUGCCAAAGAUAUUGAAGACGCUUUGGGCCCUCAGGCAGUUAGCUACGACCAGGACGAAAUCGAGCGACAUGGCCAUUCAGACUGGUCAACGUCCAACUCGAAAGGACGUCCAGUGGCGAUCGUUUACCCUCGCAAUACCGAGGAGGUGUCCAAAAUUGCGGAGAUAUGCAACAAACACAAAUGUCCAAUAGUGCCAUUUGGAGCUGGCUCUUCUGUGGAAGGGAGCUUCUCCUCUCCGUACAGUGGGAUUUGUGUAGACUUUGUGCACAUGGAUAAGAUUGUUGCCUUCCACCCCGAUGACAUGGACGUAGUUGUCCAGCCAGGAGUCAACUGGGUUGACCUCAAUAAGUCCAUCGAGGAGUCUGGCCUCUUCUUGCCAUUGGACCCCUCGCCUACCGCGAUGAUCGGGGGCAUGGUCUCUACCAACUGCAGCGGUACCAACGCGUUCCGCUACGGGACCAUGAAGGAUUGGGUCCUGAACCUGACCGUCGUCCUCGCUGAUGGCCGCGUGAUCAAAACCAGAAAGCGUCCAAGGAAGAACUCUGCCGGGUACAACCUUACAUCUCUGUUUAUCGGGGCUGAAGGUACGCUCGGCCUCGUUACAGAGAUCACGCUGAAAUUGGCAGUCGUGCCGGAGGACACGAGCGUUGCCGUUGUCUCGUUCCCGAGCAUUGGUGAGGCGGCUAAGGCGGCGACGAAGCUAAUUCGUUCCGGGAUUCAGCUCGGUGCGUUGGAGUUUAUGGACGAGGUUCAGAUGCAAGUUAUCAACCGGCACGGAAGCGAGGCGGUGCGUAAAACGGCUUGGGAUGAGACUCCUACUUUGUUUCUGAAGUUCGCGGGGACAACUGAGGGCAUCAAGGCAGAUGUUGCGAAGGUGAAGCGGAUCGUCGACCCCUUCAAGCCCGGCAAGAUUUUCUUCGCGCGUAAUAAGCAGGAGGAGGCAGAUCUGUGGGCUGCACGAAAGGAGGCCCUUUGGACGAUGACAUCAAUCAAGCCAGAUGGGUAUGCAAUGUGGUCUACAGACGUCGCUGUGCCCAUCUCCAGGCUAGCCGAGAUCAUUGCACAUUCAAAGGAGGACUCUGGAGAUCUUGGCCUAUUUGCCAGCGUUAUCGGGCACGUCGGUGACGGCAACUUCCACCAAGCAGUGAUAUAUGAUCCCAAAAACACUGAGCACAAGGAGGGUGUUUCUCGUUGCGUCCACAAAAUGAUGAAUCGCGCUCUCGAGAUGGAAGGCACGAUUUCGGGAGAGCAUGCCAUUGGCAUUGGCAAAAAGGAUUGUCUUGUGGACGAGCUUGGCGUCGACACGAUUGGCUUGAUGAAAAACAUCAAGCAAUCUUUUGAUCCUGCUUGGAUCAUGAACCCAGGCAAGGUCUUCGACCUACCGCCCAAAUCCACAGCCAAGGCUGUCGACGUCGAGUAA